UCGUGAAGUUGGGGCGGUCGUGCACCUGGAUCUGUUGGCAAUGCCGUUGGGGAUAGGGAGUUACAAUUUCAUCUUUGAUGCGCGGGACAACCUCUCGGGGUUUGUGGAUGGCCAGGCCAUUCACACGAAGACUGGGGAAACGCUGGUCCAAUGCAUCGAAAAGUAUUACAUACGCUACCCCUUUGUUUCCAGGUUCGUGAUGGACAGUGGGUUUGAGUUCACCUGUGCUGAAGUGAAGACUCUUUUGAAGAGACUUCAGCAGCAGUUGUUCCAUGCGUCCGUCACUGCGGGUAUGACAUAUACCGUACUCAACGACUUCUGCAUCGCGUUUGGGGUGGCACCUGUGCACAAGCCUACUUUUUACAGUUGCAUGCGCGGUGAGCCGAAUGUGUGUGAAGGUUGGAAUGCAAAGGUUGUCAGGCAUAGCGUGCGGUAUUGCGACUUGGCCAUUGACACGGUUAUGCGAUCAGGGAGACCCGUCACUUUGAUGGUUGACGGUCGCUACGACUCGGCCAGGUCUGCGCAGCAUUGUAGUGUUACCGCGAUUGAGUGUGAUACUCGUCUUGUGGUGGGUGUUCACACUCUUCGGCCAAAAAAUGAGGGAAAGGCGUCGAACCAACUUGAGGUUCCUGCUGUUGUGCGCCUGUUGAGAGGCUUGUUGUCAAGGGGGUUGAAAAUCCGGUGUGUUGUCUCCGACGAUUGUGCUGCAUUGGGUCCACAGUUGGAGCGCCUAGGUAUUGAAUGGCAGAAGGAUAGCCAUCAUAAGGUAAAAAACAUUCGCAAGGCAUUUAGAAAAGUCGUGACACUGCCAAGGAAAUUGAACAACCCUUAUCAGUGCGUGUCGGAAUCUCAGUUUAUGCAGUUCACGAAGAAGGAGUUGUUGGAUGCCUUGACGGACCGUUUUGGACCAGGGUCUUUGACGGCAAAAGAAGAACGAUUGAAGAAGAGCGACUUCGUUGCUCUUGUGAUGAGCAAAAUGUACCCAGAUGAGGGCGGCGACUUUGUCACUCGACACAAUGAUGUCAUGAUGAUCGCCGACCAUUGGGCCGGGGACCACACCAGGUGCGUUGCGGACAGAGAGUUUCUAUGCUCAAAGGCGGGUGGCCCAUCUCGGCUGCCUCUGUACACGCACGACGACCCCGUGUAUGACAUCAUUCGCCAAACGUUGGGCAGGCAUUGCAGCACGACCGUUUGUUCGUACUACACGGAGUUUUGUCACACGUCAACGGUUGAAACCUUCCAGGGCACAAUCAUCGUUUACGCGAAGAAGGCCUUGCACUUUGAGAAGUCGUAUGAGCUGCGUCUGGCGAUUGCAGUCAUUCGAUGGAACAGUCAUGCAUGGCAGGAUCCCUUGGAGUAUCGUGUCCGUAGGCCUUCUGGGACUUCGAUUCGUCCAAGACCGAGCCACUAUCGUCACAAUCGGCCACCUACCAAUUCGUGGAUGGAUCGGCUGUCCACGUUCAUCUUCGGUUCAAAAUGUGUUUAUGAUUGGGCUCGACGCCUUCUCGAGUACGACGACUGUGAUGUGUCGGGCGAGGUCGGGUCCUCGACACCUCCUCUGCCUCGCGAUCUUUUUUGCAGAGGAGAGGAUACCAUUGCCCGUGACGAGGACGACGUUGCUUCAACUGCAGAUCCUGACGUUGUGGGGGAUGAUGAUGUUUUCAUCCUUGGCGACAGGGAUGGGCUGCCUGGACCGGCGGAUGCCGUGUCCAAUCGAUCAUGUGAUUCUCUAUCGGACGCAGAUGAUGUCGAGUUGUUCGACGACUGGCAUUAUGUUAUGUCGUAGAAUCUUGUACAUGCGACUUUUAUAAUUGCUGGCUUUUUAG